GUUCUGCUUCAGCAGGCAGCCCAGUAAAAAGAGGAAAAAGCAAGGAAGAAAGUGCAUUGGUUCUCGACCAAUCAAGUACAAAAGAACGAUUUGUAAAUGUGCUACUAUUUUCUGAAGCUUUGUUUCUGAGUGAUUGAUGUACUCAAAGACACCCCAGAGCUUGAUGAACAAGAGGCCUCGUGAAGAUUCUAGCAUGGAGAGGCCGAGAAAGAGUCCAUAUGGAGUUGUUAAGGUAGAAGAUGAUGCUGGUGAGACAAAGAUUUUCAAGUUCCGCGUACUUUUACCGAAUGGCACGACGGUUGAGCUCAAAUUGAGCGAGCUGCGCAGUGAAAUGCCAAUCGAGGAGUUUGUUGGUGUUGUGAAGAGGGAAUAUUUUAAUGUCGCGAAGCAAAGAAGGUCUCUAGAACCAAAGAGAGCAAUCAAUUGGAAGUACCAAGACCUAUAUUUUACUGACGUUCAUGCAAAUAAGAUGAGAAUCAAAGUUAAUUUUCAGGAUUUUAUACCAAACACGUGGCACUUCCUCUGGCUUCAUGAUGGGUCAGCCGAGCCUGAUGCAUAUGAGGAAAUGUGGGAUCUUACUCCGGACACAGACUUGUUGAAGGAGCUUCCUGACGACUACACAUUUGAAACUGCCCUUGCUGACCUAAUAGACAACUCCCUGCAAGCUCUCUGGUCUAAUGGCAAAUUUGAGCGAAGAUUAAUAAGUGUGGAAUUGCAAGCAGACAGAAUUUCAAUUUUUGACACAGGACCUGGAAUGGAUGGCACAGAUGGGAACCUGGUGAAGUG